AAAUCGAAUAUCAAAGUACCAUCUUUUGAGCCUAUUGCUAUCCAUCUUAUAAGAGUUUCCUGUUCUUCAUUUAAGGCGACGGCUUAGUCCAGGGAAAAGGAUCAAGGGAAAAGAUAGACACACGGGCACACGGCUAUCUCGAGCCUGUCGUAUCCAUUCACUAAUCGCCCCUGUAGGACGCCUCGUACUGCUUAUUCUAUCGUGCAACCAAGUAAAAUAAAAUCGCACGAAUUUUGAAUUUGAAAAACCACCAAUCAACGCUUGUACGGUAGAAACAGCUACUUAAUCCAACUCGGUACAAGUCGAGGUUAGGCACGAAGUUAGCUUGUGAACUAUUUCAUCAGUAUAUCACCAGCCUUUACCAAGUACUAUGACAGAUCAAUCAACGAAAGCAAAACCUGGAGAUACACCUGCUACCACAGAUGCUCCUUUACCUGGAGAUCAAUGUGCGAGUACAGCGGCAGUCGCGGCUGAAGAAUCUGUCGCUUCGGAGACCAUCCCCAAACCGGAUGCCGGGCCUACCUCGACGGCCACAGGCAACAGUGCCGUGUCUACAGCUUCGAGCGUUGUUUCAAGCACCUCUGAUGCCGUAAGCACGACGAAGACUUCUGCUGCCGCGGCAGUAGCAGGGGUGCCUCCGCCAGCAAAAUCUACUCCCCCUAGCACCACAAAGUACGCACAUCCUAUCCCCUCAAAAGGAGCACCCCAUCUACCGCACGUUCCGAUGCACCAUCCUUACGCCCAUCACCACUACUACGCUUACCACCAGCACAUUGCGGCAGCCAACGCUAGCGCUGCCGACCCGAAGAAGAGUGGGGGCACCAAAAAGCCAACCAAUCCAAAUUCCGUCCCUGUCCCCCCUUACAACCCUGCAAAAUACAUGAAACCAGGAGCGGGAGGCGAGUCGGCUGCCGCUAGAGGGAAACAAGCCGGGCCUCCUCCGAUGUAUCCACCGCCGCCGCCUCACCACCAUGCCUAUCAUGCGUGGGCAGCGUACCGGUAUGCGCAGCAACACGCUCAAUAUCACGGGGGACCCCCGCCGCCCCCGCCACCGGGUCCGCCACCACCAUGGAACGCAGAGUCCUACGCCGCCGCACACCAAGCUUAUGCGGCAGCCGCCUCCCAGGCUGCUGUCGGCGGUGCAAAGGGGAACAAGAACAAAGGGUCACCGGGCGAAAAGGGGGCUGCUGCAACGGGUGCAACAAGUGCUCCUCUGAUUCCUCCACCACAACCACAUCCUCCUAUAUUUCCUCCUCCGCCAUCCCACGCAGGACCGUAUCGAUUUUCUGAUUGCACUCUGAGACGAGAGGCUCUCGCACGCAGUGUAGCAGAGAAUGUAGCCAAGAAAAAAAACAAGUACCCAACUCCCGGUACCUCUUCUAAUAAUUCAUCCCCUUCAUCAUCGAUACCGCCUCAUAGCACCAUACCCAGCAGUCCUCCGACGCCUGUAUCUUCUCUUCCGAAGAAUGGUCCUGUUGGUGGUGCCAUGAUGGUAGUUGCUAACCAGAAUUCCCCGGAUGCUGCUACAUUGCACAUGCUAGAACUGGAAGCACGGGCCGAAGGAGCCACGUCUCCUUCUCAAAUCGAGGACUUUCACAAAGAAGAAGUAGCAACCAUGGGGUGCACCUGUAAAAAAACCAAGUGCCUCAAACUAUAUUGUCAGUGCUUUGCCGUGAAGAUUUAUUGCGGUGCAAAUUGUCGGUGUAUGUCAUGCAACAACAAUCCCGAACAUGAGAGCGAACGACAAGAUGCUAUUGGGACUAUUCUGGCUCGAAAUCCUGCAGCCUUUGACACGAAAUUUCAGAAGAACAACCGAAAAUUUGGGACCGGUAUGGUGGGACCGGGCGCUCUCAUGGCGGUUGGGGGAGCUAGAGGGCCCCAAUCGGGGAUUUUAAGUACCAUGGACAUUCCCCACCAGAGAACAAUAUCACACAAGGUUGGGUGCAAGUGCCGCAAGUCAGCAUGCAUGAAAAAAUACUGCGAGUGUUAUGCCUCAAAUGUCAAAUGUUCAGCUACUUGCCGUUGUGUGGGUUGCAAAAACCAGCCCCUGGGUGGUUUUGGACCUCCCCCGAGUACCAACAACGCAGCUACAACGCAAGCUCCAAGUGCCAAAACAACACCUACAAAGAAUGUCAUUACUACGCCCGUAAAGAAAGAACCUGCGUGGAUGAUGAAUGCGGCUCACAACCUGGUAAGUAUAACUCUUUGAUAUUGGUGUGUCUGUUUUUCUAGUUUGUAGCUAUCGAAUUUCGACUGAAAGCACUAACUUGUUACCCGUUGCCAUGUCAUUGAUUUAUCCCCAUUUCAUUUCAGGCGUUUUUGAAACAUGGAUCUGCGGAGAAGCCGAAGAGGAUAAUAUCAAGAGCUCCGUCAGAAUCGGGAUCUAUGCCAUCCAAUGAAUCCUCUUCAGAAGAAUCACCUGUUGCUGGGAGUAGCAAGAUACGGACGGUUCAAAAUAGCAAUAGAGGCAUGCCAAUUCCGAGCACAGCGGAACGAGCUGCCGUCAAUGCCCUUCAAUCAUCUGAAAAGACUGCCGUCAACGCUCUAUUAAUGGCAGCAAUGGCUAUGACAGAAAUGUCAGGGCAGGACCAAACAGGAAACCAUACUUCGGGCACAUCAUCUGCGGCCACUACACCACCACUCAACAACCUAGCGAAUAACAAUAAUCGCCAUUACUCACCGGAAGGAACAGUUCGUGGAGCGGACGACCACUUUGAGACGCCACAAAGAAACCUUCUAAAGAAAUUCAUGUCACCGAAACGAAAAGUAAGCGAUAGAAACGCGGAAACUAUUCCUUCGACUAAGAACACCAACUCGGACGAUCACGUCGAGUCGCGAAAUCUUGAAUACUCUGAUGCUUACCAAAAUGGGGAUGAAGACUCUCCAAAACGCGAACACCCGGGGGAUGGUACUCCAAGCUUACUUCAGAAGGUGAAACGUAGUAGAUUGGGAUCUUUGAAAAAGGGGGCUCGUCUUUUGGAAAGGGUAAAAUCCAACGGCGAUCAGCACGUAACGGAGACAACGACAACCGAAACAAAUAGCGAGGUGCUGCCAAUGGAGAUGGCAACACCAGCGAAAGAAAAGGGUGCGAAAAUAGCAGCUCUGACUCCAGUGUCUGCUCGUUGUAUUGAUUUCAAGAAUAUGCGGGUCAAUGAUUCAAGUAGCGACCGUGCUGUUGUAGAUUCCAUCAACUAACAAUUUCAAAACGUGCAGGGUUAAUUAAACUAUGAAGCGAUAGACUACUCAACUGACUCCUUCUACAUAGCAAUGUUUCAAAUAUGCCAUCAGAGGCAGAGCAGAAAGCAAGAGGACGAAGAAUAUAUUUUCAAUGAGGACACUGAGUCUUUGUAGCUUGUACUUCCAGCCAUCGGAUGAACACAAGUGAAACGAACUCAACUCCGUUGGAAAAUCAAGAUGUCGUCUACUCCGUGAGACCUGAUUAUUUUUGAAUAAGGUAGAAAAUGAUUA